CAACAAAAAAAAUGAUAUCAACCAAUGACUGCCUGAACAUUCCUCCCUUGGCAUGUGAGAUUGCCCAAUAGGAAACGCUGACUGUGGGUUUUGGAUGCGGUCCGCGGUCCGCGGUGCUGCUACAUGAUGAACAGAGAGAGGAGCUAGAGGCGCAGUUGUGUAAUCCGCAUCACUGAGGAUCUGAUUUGGACGGAGCAGGAAGCAACAGACACUUUACAGAAGGAACUCAAUCACUUUAAACAUGGAAAAAAAACAGACCAUUAACUUCGGUGCUGGACCUGCAAAACUACCACAGUCUGUGCUGUUACAGGCGCAGAAAGAACUGCUCGACUAUAAUGGUAGCGGAGUCAGUGUCCUGGAGAUGAGCCAUCGGUCGUCAGACUUCACCAAGAUCAUGAACACCACAGAAAACCUGUUGCGGGAGCUACUGAGUAUCCCAGACAACUACAAAGUCAUGUUCUUCCAGGGGGGCGGGACGGGACAGUUUAGUGCCGUCCCCCUCAAUCUGAUUGGUCUAAAGGAGGACAGGUGUGCUGAUUACCUAGUGACGGGCACCUGGUCGUCCAAUGCUGCCAAGGAAGCUGAGAAAUACGGCAAGGUCAACGUGGUUCACCCCAAACUGGACACCUACACCAAGAUCCCUGACCCCAGCAGUUGGUCGUUGACCCCUGGAUCGUCCUACGUGUAUUACUGCUGCAACGAGACAGUGCACGGCGUGGAGUACAACUUCAUCCCCGAAACCCACGGAGCCGUCCUGGUCUCUGACAUGUCAUCUAACUUCCUGUCCCGACCCGUUGACGUUUCCAAGUUUGGGCUGAUCUUCGCUGGGGCUCAGAAGAACGUGGGCUGUGCUGGUGUUGCUGUGGUGAUCGUCAGAGAGGAUCUCAUUGACCACGCCCUGACGGAGUGUCCCAUUGUCCUUAACUACCAAGUGCAGGCUCAGAACAACUCCCUGUACAACACACCAGCCUGCUUCAGUAUCUACAUCAUGAGUCUGGUUCUAGAGUGGAUAAAGAACAACGGAGGUGUUGACGCCAUGGAAACGCUCAACAAGAAGAAGUCCAGUAUGAUCUAUGAUAUCAUCAACUCCUCCAACCACUUCUACACGUGUCCGGUGGACGUGGCGUGUCGUAGUCGUAUGAACGUUCCAUUCCGCGUGGGGAAGAAACAGGGUGACGAAACUCUGGAGAAGGAGUUCCUGGAUGGAGCCUCCAAACUGGGGAUGAUCUCACUGAAGGGGCACAGGUCAGUCGGAGGAAUACGUGCGUCUCUCUACAACGCUGUGACAGUGGAAGACGCUCAGGCUCUGGCCAAUUACAUGAAGGAGUUCCUCAAGGAGCACCAAUAGGAGAAGGCCAUACACCAUGCUGGACCAAUCAGAGCAGGCUAUGCUGCUGGAUCUGUGGGACCAGGGUUCAGUAAGGUGAAACAUUCACAACGGUACAGAUGGAGAUGCACUGAAUACAGCCAAUCAUAUUGCACCUGACAGCCAAUCAAAUGAAAUGAUAUUAGUUACAUGCGCUGAAUACAACAGGUGUAGACCUAACAGUGAAUUGCUUACUUACGAGCCCCUAACCAACAGUGCAGUUUAAAAUAUGGAUAAGAAUAAUAGAUAAUACUAACGAUAGAUAAUAAUAAUCGAUAAUACUAACAAGUAAUUAAAGGGCAGCAGUGUAUAGGAUACAUUUAUAUCACACUGACCCCUGACCACAUGUAUCAGCUCAACUCACUGACCCCAGACCAGCUCAACUCACUGACCCCAGACCAGCUCAACUCACUGACCCCAGACCAGCUCAACUCACUGACCCCAGACCAGCUCAACUCACUGACCCCAGACCAGCUCAACUCACUGACCCCAGACCAGCUCAACUCACUUCAUUUGAACUACUGGCCAGUCAGUCGUAGAUAUCUCCAAUCUCUCCAGACUGUUUAACUCUCUGUGUUACUAGUAAUAGAACCCAUGGGUUCGGGGUGCCCUGUGGGUCAGACACCAUAGUGGAUAUAUAUAUAUAGCUCUGGUGAGGUGCACUUUUUACCAGAGUGUUGGAAAGGCAAUGUCACAUCUCCUUAAUUAACCACUUUGAUAUUGUCUCUCUGUCGCUCGUUAGCUCCAGCUGUGUCACGUCAGUGGAUUUACUGCAGACAUCAGGGCAUUGAUUUACAUAGAUAAAUGUUGAAUCUGUUUUUCUGUCAAGUGUUAUUGACAUUCCAUUAAAGACUAACUCUGUAACUUGUAACGUUA